AUGCAAAUCGACACCGACGUGUCCACAGGCUCCAAACCUCGCCUCCCCGUCACAGUCGCCAAACCCAUCCCAUACACAUUCGACCUGGGCAACCUCCUCUGCAACGACACAAACCCUCUCCCUCCCGUCAGCACCAUCAGCGAAUCCGACAUCAAGUCCGCCGCCCGCGACUGCGCCCAAGCCCUGAUCAACCAACUCCUGUCCACCUGCCCCAUCACAAAAUCAGACGACAGCACCAGUGUCACCCUCGGCCUACCCACACCCACCACCCACCUUCCCCGCGAAAAGCCCAUCCCCGCCGACAAGCCCAUGACCAAAUGGCAAGAAUUCGCAAAGAAGAAGGGUAUCAAGGACAAGAAGCGCGAUGGCAAGAUGGUCUACGACGAAGCCUCUGGCGAAUGGUUGCCCAAGUACGGUUACAAGGGCAAGAACAAGGAUGGCGAGAACGACUGGCUGGUCGAGGUUGACGAGAAGAAGGGCAGAAAGGAUGGUGGUGAGCACGAUGCCAGAAAGGAGAGAAGAGAGGAGAGAGUGGAGCGUGUCAAGCGCAACGAGAGGAGGAUGCGCGCAAACGAGCGCAGAAACGCUCCCAACAAGUCGUGAUGAGUUGCUCUUCUCUUCUUUGCACCACCUCAUCCUUUCUUUCUCUGCCUCGGAUAUGCACAGCGAUGGCGUUUUUACGGUUCGAUUGGUCAGGGGGAAAAACAUUGUUCUUUCACAUCAGAGUGUUUUGCUCUGCGUGUUCGUAUCUAUCACAACCAAUAAAAGUCUUGUCUCUCUACCCUUUU